GGCAUGGUUACUAUGAUGGUGUCUCCAGGAAUGAUACUUUGUGCGUCUCUGGUGAUUCAGUUCAUGGUUCUGGGAGUUGUUGCUGAGGGUGAGUGGGCUGUGAACUACAUCUCUAAAUCUGUCUGUGCUCUAAAGGGGUCUGAAGUGACCAUGAGCUGCACUUACACAUAUCCAAGUGACCACUCAGUCCAAAAAGCUUUCUGGAUGAAUAAGCUGGUGACAGGUGGAGAAGGUCCUAACCUGUCAAAUGAUCCAGAGUACAGAGGCAGAGUUCAGUACCUCGGAGAUAAACAACACAACUGCACUGUCCUACUAAGGAAUCUGACAGAAAAAGAUCAAAGUAAAUAUUACUUCAGAUUUAUAACAGACCAACCUGGAGGAAGUUGGCAAGGUACAGGUGGAGUUGAUCUUUCAGUCACAGAUCUCCAGGUGGAGGUUCCUGAGAGAGUGAUAGAGGGAGAUGAAGUCACUCUCACAUGUAAAACCACCUGCAGUCUGACAGUCAGACGAGCAUUCACCUGGUACAGAGAUGGACAUCCUUUAUCAUCCAGUACUGACCAACUCCACCUGCAGCCGGUCAGUAGGGAGGAUGCAGGCAGGUAUCGCUGUGCUGUACUGGGUCAGAACCUUCAAUCUCCUGAGGUCACUCUUAACGUGAGAUCUGUUGCCGAUGAUAAGUGGGCUGUGAAUUACAACUCUAAAUCUAUCUGCGCUCUAAAGGGGUCUGCAGUGACAAUGAGCUGCACUUACACAUAUCCAAGUGGUCUCACAGUCCAAAGAGCUUUUUGGAUGAACAAGCUGGUGGCAAGUGGAGAAGCUCCUAACCUGUCAGAUGAUCCAGAGUACAGAGGCCGAGUUCAGUACCUCGGAGAUAAACAACACAACUGCACUCUCAGACUGAGUGAUGUGAGAGAAACUGAUAAAAGGAAAUACUACUUCAGAUUUCUAACAGACCGACAUGGAGGAAGUUGGCAAGGUGAAGAUGGAGUUGAUCUUUCAGUCACAGAUCUCCAGGUGGAGGUUCCUGAGAGAGUGAUGGAGGGAGAUAAAGUCACUCUCACAUGUAAAACCACCUGCAGUCUGACAGUCACACCAACAUUCACCUGGUACAGAAAUGAACAUCCUUUAUCCUCCAGUACUGACCAGCUCCACCUGCAGCCGGUCAGCAGGGAGGAUGCAGGCAGGUAUCACUGUGCUGUACUGGGUCAGGACCUUCGCUCUCCUGAGGUCACUCUUAAUGUCAGAUUUUCUCCAAAGAGCAUCUCAGUGUCUAUCCAUCCCUCUGGUGAAAUAGUGGAGGGCGGUUCAGUGACUCUGACCUGCAGCAGUGAUGCAAACCCACCUGUGGAAUAUCACUGGUUUAAAGGAACAUCAUUAGCAGCAAAAAGAGAGACUUACACAAUGAAGAAGAUCAGCUCUGUGGACAGUGGAGAAUACAAGUGCAGAUCCAGUAAUGAACAUGGCUAUAAAUACUCUGAAGCUUUAAAUCUGAAUGUUUUGUAUCCUCCAAAGAACACUUUAGUGUCCAUCAGUCCCUCUGGUAAAAUAGUAGAGGGCAGUUCAGUGACUCUGACCUGCAGCAGUGAUGCCAACCCACCUGUAGAGAGCUACAUGUGGUUUAAGGAUGCUGGAGCCUCAACUAUAGGAUCUGGAUACAGUUACAGCUUCACCUUUGACUCCAAAAGCAGUGGGUUGUACUACUGUUUGGCUCAGAGUAAACACGGAUCUCAGAAAUCAGCAGGAAUUCCUGUUAAUGUAAAGGGAGACUACAUCAUGAUUCUUUAUGUAGCCUUCGGACUCAGCCUCUGUGCAGUUGCAGCUCUUCUUGUCAUUGUUUGCUUGAUGAGCAGGAAGAAGAGGAAGACCAGAAAGGCAGAUAAACAUGAUUAUCAGAAUUUUGACCCUAAUGCUAAGGAUGACACAUACACAGCUCUUGACCGCAUGUCCAGGUCUCCGGAUUAUGACACUCUAGCAACUGUAAGAAACCAAAAAAGAAUGUUUUUGUUUGUGGACGUCUCAUGCUCAGCAGGAGGAAGGCCUGGUUCACCGAAAAGAGGAAGAAAGAAUGCUAGUGAUAAAUUGCUGAUCUCACUCAGAAUGUCUCUGACUGUUUCUCUGGUGUUUCUGCUCUUCAUCUCUGGAGUUGUUGCUCAGUAUGUGUGGGGUGUGGAUUACAACUCUAAAUCUAUCUGUGCUGUAAAGGGAUCUACAGUGACCAUGUACUGCACUUACACAUAUCCAAGACGUUACUGGGUCCGAAAAGCUUUCUGGACCAAAGAGUGGGGUCAAGGUUCCGAACCUCGUGAUCUGUCAGAAGAUCCAGAGUACAGAGGCAGAGUUAAGUACAUCGGAGAUAAACAACACAAUUGCACUCUCAGACUGAGUGAUGUAACAGAAAAUGAUCAAAGGAGAUAUUACUUCAGAUUUCUAACACACGAACCUGGAGGAAGAUAUCAAGGUGCAGAUGGAGUUUAUCUUUCAGUCACAGAUCUCCAGGUGGAGGUUCCUGAGAGAGUGAAGGAGGGAGAUAAAGUCACUCUCACAUGUAAAACCAGCUGCAGUCUGUCUGACAGACCAACAUUCACCUGGUACAGAAAUGGACGUUAUUUAUCCUCCAGUACCGACCAGCUCCACCUGCAGCCGGUCAGCAGGGAGAAUAAGGACAGGUAUCGCUGUGCUGUACUGGGUCAGAAACUUCACUCUCCUGAGGUCACUCUUAAUGUGAGAUAUGGCCCAAAGAGCAUCUCAGUGUCCAUCAGCCCCACUGGUGAAAUAGUGGAGGGCAGUUCAGUGAAUCUGACCUGCAGCAGUGAUGGAAACCCACCUGUGGAAUAUAACUGGUUUAAAGGGACAUCAUCAGUAGGAAAAGGAGAAACUUUCACAAUGAAGAAGAUCAGCUCUGUGGACAGUGGAGAAUACAAGUGCAGAUCCAGUAAUGAACAUGGCAAUAAAUACUCUGAAGCUCUAACUCUGAAUGUUUUGUAUCCUCCAAAGAGCAUCUCAGUGUCCAUCAGUCCCUCUGGUGAAAUAGUGGAGGGCAGUUCAGUGAAUCUGACCUGCAGCAGUGAUGCAAACCCACCUGUGCAGAAAUACACCUGGUUUAAGAAGCUUGACCAUGGAGUUUUGCAGAAAUCAACAAGUCAGAUCUACAGCAUCUCCAACAUCAGCUCUGCGGACAGUGGGGAAUAUCGGUGCAUGGCAAACAACACACAAGGUUUUCGAUACUCAGAGUACAAGUCAUUAACAGUUUUAUAUGCUCCAAAAAAAGCCCUGGCAUCCAUCAGUGAAUCAGCAGAGGGCAGUUCAGUGAAUCUGACCUGCAGCAGUGAUGCAAACCCACCUGUGCAGAACUACACCUGGUUUAAAGAAGGUGGAAGCUCACCUGUAGGAUAUGGACACCGUUACACGGCUCUACAGAGUGGAUCCUACUACUGUGAGGCUCACAAUGAACACGGAUCUCAGAAAUCAGCUGCAGUGACUGUCACUGUGAAAGGGGUUUCGAUUGCAGUUCUAUUUGCAUUUCUUGGCAUGGCAGCUGGAUGUGGAUGUUUAUUUGCCAUCAUUGCUGUUUUGUAUGUAAGGAGGAAAAGAAAAUGUGAUUCAGCCAAGCAUGCAGACCAAAAAGAGGAAAAUAUCUACAGCAAUGUAGCAGCAGGGGCAGCAACAAAUGAUACAGCACCUGAUCCAGAUCUGUCCAAUCAGGAUGAUGCUUAUUAUGCAGUGCCCACAGCCCGAAACCCAGAUUCUGCCUUUGGAACUGAUGAGGAGGUUCAGUAUGCUAGCAUCCAGUUCCACUGCAAGAAAGUGGCAGAGAAGACUGAAGGGGACAGCACUGAGUACACUAAUAUUAGAUUUACUCACACUAGUGCUACCAACAGGUCUGCUACUUCCAUGACUGAGGAUCCAUCAGUGAUCUACAGCACUAUGAAAUAAACCUAAUGUGGACUAUGGUUAUAAUCCAUGGACAGAACUUUCAUCUACGUAGGUCUUUUAGAAGGAGGGAACAAGCUAUAAAUUCCAUUUAUACCACACACCAUUCUGGAAUCUAUCCACUCCUCUUUCUCUGGGACCUCCAUUUCAUAUAUCAGUCAUUUCGAUAAUCCUAGGAUGCUCUCUGGACUAAAUUACUCUGUUUCUAGACCUCAAACAAGACCCAUAUCAAUCAACAUUGCCUGCUGUUUUUUGUUCUGGGUAUCCAGAAGAAGUUAAACUAGUCUCUUCUAGUACAUCAGUGCCUAACAACAAUACAUGUCUGGGGACAACUUGUUCACCUUUUGUUGCUGGAUUGUGGCAAAAUCUACUGCUAACAGGGGCAUGCUACCUCUAAGUGAAGUGAACUUUAGCCUUGAACAACUGGACUGUACUACAUCCUCUACAGGAUGCCAGCCAACAGAUGGAGAACAUGAAGCUCACUUUUAAAGGUCUACUCAAAUUACCCCACUGAUGGUUCCGCUACUUGCAGAGAAUGUUCUUAUUCUCCAAUAUCCUACUGACUGCACUUCAUUUUUAAUGGAAAGCUCACUGUCUGCAUCAUCAUUACGGGGCAUGGAAGUUAGGGAUCCAGCCUCAUGACCGGAAGGUCGCCGGUUCGAUCCCCAGAGCUGACAGCACAUGACUGAGGUGUCCUUGAGCAAGACACC